UAUGUUUUACAAAUACAACCCCUUCUUCAACUUCAAUGCUUCUUCGCCAACGCCUCACAACUCUCACUCGCCAAUGUCGCCAUCUCUCCACUUCCUCUUCAUCCACCAAAAUCCCACUUCUCUACACGCACACAAAUGAAAAUCAAAACGACGCUGUCACUCUCCAACUCCUCUCGUGGGGGAGAGGCGCGUCAGGCCAGUUGGGCGGUGGCAUUGAAGAAGUGAGACUCUACCCAGCCCCAGUUGCAAACCUCAGUCUUUCUCUACCCUUUACCAUCUCCCAAACUUCCGGUCGACUUGUUCAGAAAGAUUCUGAAGUGGGUUCGGGUUCUAGUUUGAAUAUUUCAUGUGGGUUGUUUCAUAGUGGGUUGGUUGUGGAUGGAAAGCUGUGGGUUUGGGGGAAAGGAGAUGGUGGGAGACUUGGUUUUGGGCAUGAAAAUUCUGUGUUUGUGCCUAGUUUGAACCCUUAUUUGGGUGAUGAUCCUGUUCAGUGUGUUGCUCUUGGUGGAGUUCACUCUGUUGCUUUGACUUCACUUGGGAAGAUUUUCACUUGGGCUCUAUCAUUAAAAGUUUGCAGGGGUUAUGGUGGUUUUGGUGCACUUGGACAUUCUGUCUAUCAUAGAGAGUUGUUUCCUAGAUUGGUGGAAGGUUCUUGGAAUGGGAAAAUACGGCACAUCGCAACCAGUGGAACACAUACUGCUGCAAUAACUGAAUCAGGGGAACUUUACACUUGGGGUCGAGAUGAAGGAGAUGGAAGACUGGGCCUUGGUCCUGGUCCAGGCCCUAAUGAGGGAGGUGGACUUAGUAUCCCUUCUAAGGUCAAAGCAUUACCUGUAUCUGUGGCUGCUGUUUCUUGUGGUGGCUUUUUUACAACAGUGCUGACAGAGGAAGGGCAACUUUGGAAUUGGGGAGCAAGUUCUAACUAUGAGCUUGGAAGAGGUGAUAAGGUUGGUGGUUGGAGACCCAAGCCAAUUCCUAGCCUUGAAGGUGUUCGUAUCAUUCAGAUAGCAAGUGGUGGCUAUCACUCCCUUGCAUUAACUGAUGAAGGCAAAGUUCUUUCUUGGGGAUAUGGUGGACAUGGUCAGUUGGGUCAUUCUUCAACCGAAAAUCUGAAAGUACCUGUGGUGAUCGAGGCUUUAGCUGAUAAGCGUGUAGUCUACAUCGCUUGUGGGGGCUCAUCCUCAGCAGCCAUAACAGAUAAAGGGAAGUUGUACAUGUGGGGAAAUGCCAAAGAUUCUCAAUUGGGAGUUCCUGGGUUGCCAGAGGUACAACUUUGUCCUGUUGAAGUCAAGUUUCUAACGGAGGAUGAUGGAUUGGGACCCCACAAGGUGUUAUCUGUUGCAGUUGGUGCAUCUCAUGCUAUGUGUUUGGUUUCAAGGUCAUGUUGUUAAAGAUGGUCUACUAAUCGAAAGGUUUUCUCAACUCAUAUAGACACGACAAGCAAGUAUGUAUCGUUUAACAGCUCAAACAGAGGCUAGAACAGAUGUGUAGAAUCUGAGGAUAGGAUAAGUUCUUUAAGUUACUAAAAUAUUGCCAAAGCAUUUAGGAGGUGAAUUCAGGUUGCUGACUGGUUAGUCAAUAAGUGGAGCUUCACCUUGACAAUUGCUGACUCAUAACUGCUUUUGUUUGAAUCCCUUUAAUGAAUUAAAUUAUCUGGGAGGACUAGAGAAUUUUGGCAUUAUAAGCUCCUGUCACAAAUGCAAGUUACCUUCUUAAUUGUUCCCUCUCAUUGUAUGCAUCAUCUCAUUACAUAUUAGUUUAUUGACAUUCCUUUUUGUUGAAAGUUUAUUGCAAACAUGACUACUUUUUCCUUUUAAUGUUGAUCAUAUUGCUCAGUUGCUUUUAUUUGAAGUCGGCAUGAGAAAGAUUUGCGAGGAAUUUUAAUAAGAAAGCAUGCAAAUAAAUUAUGUUUGCUCAGGUGCAUUUGAUGCCCUGCUACGAAUAUCCAUUGGUUUUGUUGUAUGAUCUUUGAUGCUCUGGAACUGUGGACAAUAUUAUAAAGUGAUAAAUUUAAAGUUGGGUAUAUUUUCGA